GCGAAUCUGUGCGAAGAUGAAAGAACAGAAAUACGCGUGACGUCACGCGUGCAAUCAACUUCAAUCAGUGAUUACUACCACAGUAAUGUGGUCUCGUCAAACGAGCGGUUCAUCGAGGCCAGCCUCCAGACGGCCCCCAACUACAGGCCAGAAUCAACCUCGUACUGCGCAAUCCCGACCUUGGACCGGACAGUCAAGAGUUUCUACAGCACGUCCGCAGACAUCAGCGUCAACACGGCACGAAGGGAACUUUGUCAUUGCUGUUCUGGAAGGAAGAGGUGUUGGACGCGAGGUUGGGCUAGCGGCACUGGACAAAGAUAUAGGACGUGUAGUUUUGGUCCAGCUCUCAGAUUGUCAAACCUACGUCAAGACGCUCCACCAAAUGCAUCUUCAUAAGCCAAGCCUAGUUCUAGUCCCUGAUACAUUCCUCUCUGCAUCCGACACUGCUAUGGCCGCUAUUGGAAGUUCUGGCAAAAGGGCUACCAACACAUCUUUGCUCGUAGAAUUCAUUCGGGAAGAGUUUCCUGAUACCCAGCUAGAGCCAAUUUCCAGGAAGUAUUGGAAUGAGACAUCAGGCCUUGAAUUCAUCCAACAGCUGUGUGUUGAAGAUGAAGAGAGAGCAGGGACAAUCCUCGCGGUCUCAAGCAAAUACUACGUAUUAUCUGCUUGCUCUGCACUCUUCAAAUAUGCGGAAAUUCGUCAGAAUACGCGAUUUUCUGCUGGAUCCCUACGUAUCAAGUAUUCCCCUGUGGACGGAACGAUGAUGAUUGAUCCAGAGAGCGCUAAGAACCUCGAACUUGUCGGAAAUAUGUCUCACAGAAAAUCUUAUCACUCAGUCUUCGGUAUCUUGAACCACACCUACACCGCAAUGGCGGCUCGUCUCCUUCGUGUCAAUAUCCUAGCACCUAUCACAGUGCAAACAUCCAUCGACGCGCGCCUAGAUGUUGUUGAGGAACUCGUGCAAGACGAAGAUUUGUUCAACGAAGUCCGUAGCGCUCUCAAAACCUUGAAUAGCAUGGACUUUGACAAGUUGAUUGCUACGCUUGCUGCGUCUGAAACCAUACUUACAAACAGCGCCAAAGCUGCUUCAAACAGAGUCACUCAGAUGCUGAAUCUUCGCAACGCCGUCCGGAAUCUUCCGCUCCUUCAAAAGUCACUAGAAAAUACCAAGUCCCAGCUUUUAAGGAUCAUACACGAUAUGUUGUUGGACGAACGACUUGAAAAGAUUGACUCACUGAUUCGUGCUAGCCUCAACGAAGACACAGCACCCACAAAGCACGGGAUUGCAGCAGUAAAUGCCCGUGUAUAUGCAGUCAAGGCGAAUCACAAUCGCCUUCUAGACGUUGCUCGCGAAACGUACAAAGAGAAUGUUGGGGACAUUUACAGUCUCUGCAAUGCUCUUACUCAGACCCAUGAGAUUCCACUUACGUUGGUUUACCAAGAAAGCGGUUUUGUUUUUUCAAUGAAGAAGACUGACCUCGAAGGCGAGCUCCCAAAAGGUUUUAUCAAUGCUACCCUGAAGAAAGGAAAGUGGCAGUUCAGCAGCAUGGAGCUGAAAAAGAUGAACGCCCGUAUGCAAGACGCCUUGGAUGAGACUUUGAUCUUGAGUGAUAAAAUAAUCCAGGAUCUAGUGACCGAAAUUCUGGUGAACGUCGGUGCUCUGUAUAAAGCUUCAGAAGCGGUGGCACUAGUGGAUAUGUUAUGGUCAUUCUCGCAUUCUGCAAUUAUGCGCAAUUAUGUGCGACCCGAAUUUACUGGGACCUUAGCUGUCAAGUCUGGGCGCCAUCCAAUCCUUGAGACAGUUCAGUCAGCGGGAACAUUAGUCCCCAAUGAUAUUUACUGCGACGAUUCCUCUUCUUUUCAAAUUAUUCAAGGUCCAAAUAUGUCUGGAAAGAGCACGUACCUCCGUCAGGUUGGACUUCUCUCGGUUAUGGCAAUGUGUGGUAGCUUCGUUCCUGCAGAGUAUGCGAGCUUCCGGAUUCACGAUGCAUUGCUAACCCGACUGUCAAAUGACGAUGAUUUGGAGAAGAAUCUCAGCACCUUUGCGAGCGAGAUGGCGACAUCUGCUAUGAUACUAGGCCUUGCUACUGAACGGUCUUUGAUUCUUGUAGAUGAAUUAGGACGGGGAACAUCCCCAAGGGAGGGUAUCGGUAUUUCUCAUGCUAUCGCAGAGGGCUUGAUAGAGCAGAAGUGUUUCGUGUUUUUCGCCACACAUUUCGCUGAAUUGAGCACAACGCUCUCUCGCCAACCUUCUGUUGUCAAUCUUCACCUAGCUGUUCAGAGAACUCGUCAGUCGGCGUCCAACUUCGGCAUGUUAUUCCAAUACAAAAUCGUAGACGGAGCCCCAGAAGAGACUACCCAUUACGGCCUUGAAUUGGCUCGACUUGCUGACCUUCCAAAUGAUGUUUUGAUCGAAGCCAGUCGAGUUUCCAAGCAUCUGACGGAACUACAAAGCCGUCACCAAGCGCAAAGCGAUAGUAGCAAGAUUGCUAUGCGGCGGAAAGCGUUGCUCAAGCUCCGCACCAACCUUACGCAAGCUUUCGAGCACUCUGCUCUACCAGACGAGGAACUUCUUGCGUACAUUGGAAGAUUUCAAGCUGACAUCACAAAAGUGUUUCUGUAUUCGACGGACACGGAUUGACAGUACUCACAUGAAGUUACAUGUAGCCUUAGUUCUUAUAGCACAUAGAUAGAU